AGUAAGUUGUGUGGUGGAAGAUGGAGUGGAGACAUACGUGAAACCCGACUAUCAUCCUUGUGCUUGGGGCAGCGGUCAGUGCAGCCGUGUGGUCAUGGUCAUGUGGAGGUGGAGUCUAUCCCAGUUGAUUUAGGGCAAAGUGCUGACUGCACCCCGGAUUGGUCAGCGAUGGAAAAUUGUGAUUUGUAAAAGUGAUCAUUUGAAAAUAUAUCGGAAUUUAGUGUCAUUAACCAGUGUCACGGAAAAGUUCAAAUAUCUCGCAUCUCUGGGGAUGCAAAUGUUGUGUCCUGGUUCCAAGUAUCUCAAAUUCUAAGUCGCAAAAGUCGGUAAUUACAAAUUUAAAAUCAUUACCUAGGCACUCUCCUAUUUGGAGCAAUCAACUGUAGCGUUAUUAACUACUUGGUUUUGCAUUGUUGAUCCGAAGCCACUUAGACAUUGGGAGAACAUGAACUCAAUGCAGAAAAACCUCAAAGUCAGGUGUAGAAAGUAGUUCAAAGUAGAAAUUAAGCAGGGAUCUUCUUGUUACAAAACAGUAGUGAUAAAUACAAUUCCAUCCUAUCUCACCAUGUCAUUGCCAAGUUAAAUAUUGUAAAACAAUGGUUAUAUUUUGUCAGUGUUACUAUUUUGCCCACGUUGGGUACCAAUCCAUUCAACUUGUAAAAAAAAAUUCUUUGCUCAGUUCAAGCGAUGUCCAUCUUUUCUUUUGAUAUUGUAAAUGCCUUUACAGCUAUCGUACCUACGUGAAGCCUAGAUACAAAGUAGCCUAUAAAAUGGUGACUCAGAUGGAGUGGAAGUGCUGCCACGGUUACAGCGGCAAUGACUGUAGCAAUGGCCCGGUUAGUGGGACAGGAAGCACCAACAGGCCUCAGCCCCAGCCAAGAGAUGGAGGAAGGAUGAGCACCGGACAAGGGGGCAUCAACACUGGCUUUGGACAAAAUGGAGGACACGCAGGAAGGGUGGAUAAUGAGAAGAUGAGGCAGCUGGAGGAAAAGAUUCACACCCUGACAAAAACAAUUGACGACUUGCAAUCGACUAUCGCCUCCAUGAAUGAGCACUUUCAGGGAGGCCUCAACAAACCUGUUCUUCGUGGCAGCGGUGGUACAUCUUCCGGCGCAAGAAAUCCUGCUGAUGCAGCUCAACCAGAGAUAAAAGACACGAUCCACAGCAUUCAGACCAAACUAGAUCAACUCGACAAUCGCACACAGGCUCACGAUAAAACCCUCGUAAGCAUCAACAAUCAUCUUGUAAAUGGAAAAGGGAAUGAUCUGGAAGGAGGUCUUUCUGGUGGAAGUUUGAAUGGAAAAAGUUUAAACUCACUGAAGGAGGAGAUCCUGAAGGAGCUUGAGAGAAGGGUUUCACUGUCAUGUUCCUCCUGUCAGGCCGGUGUGGAGGACUUGGAUCAGCAGCAACAGGAAGACCAGGAAAGAAUUCGGGCCCUGGAGAAGCAGCUUAAUGUGAUGGAUGUUCGUUAUCGACAGGGAAUUGAAGGCUUACAGCGGGAAAGAGACAGCUCAAAGGGAUGUUGUGACACCCUUGAUGACCUCCAAAACCGCGUCACAGAUGCUGAGCGCAAGUUUAGCUCAGCAGCUGAGAACUUUGAUGUCCUACAGAACCGCCUGAACAACAAUCUUAAAACAGAAAGCAGGAACACCAAUGAGGAUGGAGGCUUCAGAGGAGGGGAGAAUGGUGGUGAAGGUGGAAGAAGUGGUAGCAGCUUGGAUGGCUUAGUAACUGAGGAUAAACUAAACAAUCGACUGAAGGAUUUGGAACAACGGGUCAAUGGAACUAUGGAGCAAACAGAGCAAAGCUGUGCAUAUUUGGAAAAUGAUUUGAAGGACUAUUUUCACAAAGAACUUGGCGAGCUUCGGACUGUGUUCCUGGACCGCUUUGAUGAUCAGGCCUUCAGAAUUACAGAUGUGGAGCUAGAUGUGGGGCUUGUGAAGCAAAGAGUGAAUGAACAUGAUAAGACACUGUCAAAGCUAGAAUACAGAACCUACAACCUGAGUACGAAGAUGGAGGAGUGUGGUUGUAGAAGCAUGGGGGAGGGAGGGGUAGGAGAAAGAGGAGUAGGGACAACAAUCAAUGGUGGAGGCCAUGGUGAGAGUGCUGGUGGUGGCAUUGUUGCUGAUGGAGAUGAAGGUGGCAUUAGUGGUGGUAGUGUUGGCAGCGGUGGAAGUAGAGGGAGCAUUGGUGGAAGUGGUGGUGGCCUUGGUGUAAACGAAGGAGUAAGUGGCACUGUGGGAAGAGGAGGAUUACCGGGAAUACCAGGGGAAAGAGAUAAUUCAACGAGGAAAUCACUGGAGUGGAGAGUGAUAGCCAAUGAAGAUCAAAUUAGACAUUUUAACACAAAACUCAAAGACCUGUCUGUGUCUGGAGACUCUCUUAAUGAUAAGGUAUUGGAUCUGAGCCAUGAUAUCCAUAAGAUCAAGAUUUUGACUGGGGAUCACAGUGAGCACUUUAACCGCAUUGUGACAGAGGUGGAGUUGCUCGGGGAGGACUGUGAAAUCUGUAGAACAGUGGAAGACGAGUUGCAGAAGCUGCGGAAUCAUUCCAGGGAUGCACUGGGGCAUCUGCAGAACCAUAUCAACAGACUCCAGAUGAAUAUAGACUCUGGGGUUGGCUGCAACCAGAUGUGCUCUCAUUGGCAGGAUGAAGUUCGUCUACUGCGAGAGGAUGUCACACAGUGCACGAAUAAAUGUGGUGGUUCUGGUACCACCGGUUUAACUGGUGCCAGUGGAGGAAACAGGGGAGAUGGACCCCGUUUGGAUGCCGAGAGGCCUUUAGAUGGUUACAGUGUGAUUGGAGGCUCCAUUAACAACAACCAGAUGAAGACAUUGCAGGGUGAAUUGUCUGAGGUCAUCCUGACCUUUAGCUCUAUAAACGACACCUUGAAGGGUCUUGAACACAUGGUACAAAAGCAUGGCAGCGUCAUCACCGACCUGGGAAACACAAAGGAUAAGAUUAUUUCUGAACUGGACAAAACACAACAGGAGGUUUCAGAACACAUUGAGAAAAGUCAGGACCGGUUGGGGAGAGUUGACGAAGACGUCAGACGUUUUGAGAGCACGAUGCUGGUAGAGAUGGGAGACUGUAAGAGAUCAGGUGAUGGGCUGGAGAAGAGGCUAUCCAAACUUGAAGGAGUCUGUGGAAGGUUGGACAGAGUCUAUGACUCCAUCCACAAGAUCAAGGAAGGAUUGAACCAACAUGUAUCUAGCUUAUGGACAUGUUUUUCGGGUCUAAACAACUCAGUCAUCCGUCAUGGAGGAAUUCUUGACUUUGUACAGAAGAACCAGGAUGAUGUCCAGAGCCGGAUGAAAAACCUCAACUCUAGUUUGACCCACAUCUUGAAAGAGAUGCAAAAUUUCUCAGACCAGGGCCUGACUGGCCAACCUGGACUUCCAGGAGAAAGAGGCCUCAAUGGGCUGCCAGGUCCCCAAGGACCACCUGGACCUUCUGGAAGACCAGGAGAAAGUGGAAUACGUGGCCUACCAGGGCGACCAGGUGCUGAUGCUCAUUUACCUAAAUUGUCCUUCUCCGCUGCCCUUACUGUUCCCAUGGAGAGAGCAGGAACCAUCAUUUUUGACAAGAUCUUUGUUAAUGAAGGCGACUUCUAUGACCCCAGAACAGGUAUUUUUACUGCCCCAGUUGAUGGACACUACUUUUUUAGUGCCAUCCUAACAGGCCACAAGAAUGAGAAGAUAGAGGCUGUUCUAUCCAAAUCCAACUAUGGCAUGGCCCGUGUGGAUUCUGGUGGCUAUCAGCCUGAGGGUCUGGAGAACAAUCCUGUGGCAGAAGUUAAAACCUCUCCAGGCUCACUGGCUGUUUUCAAUAUCAUCUUGCCUCUGCAGACUCAGGAUACCGUCUGCAUCGACUUGGUGAUGGGAAAACUGGCCCACUCUGUGGAACCACUUACCAUAUUUAGUGGGAUGCUGCUCUAUGAAGAUAUGUGAUGGCUUCUUGCUUAUGCUUAAAACACUAAAUGACAAGGACAGAGUACCUGAAUAACAGAAUUUCCAGAUGAGUCAAGACCAGCCCACUGUAGGCGGGACGAAAGCAAUUAUAUCACUUUGGUAUUUAGAAGUGAACAAGAACUUUUCUUUAGCAAGACAUUCAGUAUUGAGAAGAUUUGUUUCUUUGUAAUAUAUCUGAUCAUCUCACAAAAAAACUUGUUUAACCAGUUUUAUGCGGUUAUCCUACUAGUCUCCUUCCCAGGAUUGGUUCAAAUAGAUAAAAACAAUAGGAUUGCAUUACUCCAACUGUGUAUCCCUAGAGGUUACAGUGUUGAUUGCAAUUCAGAUGCUGAUAACCGACUGCAAUGUAAGAGGAAACUUUAUGUUAAAUGCGGUGUCCUGAGGAUAUGUGGUUUGUUGUGGUCCACCUGUAUGUUUGUUGACUCAUCCCCCUUCUCAGAGGUUGUCAUGGGAUCAUAUGACUAUGAAAACUGUGCCAUUUUUUUCUGUUUCUUUUUUUGUUUGUUUGUUUCUUUGUUUUAAAAAAAAGCAUGGUGAGUCUGAAAGCAACUAUACUCUUCAGUUUACUCGUAAGAGUUCCUGUUUUGAAUGUUUUAUCAUAAGUUGCACAUUUUGUUUGUUUGUGUUGCCAAAUGCCUUUAAACCACUCAAUAGACAUACUCUUGAUGGACAAGUAUUAGAGGAAAAUAGAUUCUUGCAGUAUUCUGUAUUUGUUUACUAUCUGCAGUGGUUUACUACUGUAGAUUUUUGUAAUAAGAGCAUAUUAUAAAUACUGUCUUACAAAAGAGUACAAUGUCCUUGUUUUUAAGAAGAGAAUGUAAUGAGUACACAAUUUAAAUAAUGUAGACAUAUUUGUCAUGUUCAUUCUUAUGUACUGUAUAUAUAUUUUGGACAGGUAAGGACUGAAAUUGACAUUCAAAUAAUAUUACAUUUCAAUUUGCAUAUCACAUCCCUUCAUGAAUGCCAGAGAUGGGGAGAGGUCACAGAGGUUGGGUGGAGCAUGCAUUCGGUGGUGGCUGAAAGUUAAUUCUUGUGACGUGGAAGGUUAACUGUAUGGUAGGGAAGGAGCAUGAGUAAGUGUGUGAGGUAAAAAAGUAGACACUGUAGUGUUCAAAAUAAUAGCAGUCCAAUGUGUCAAAGCAGAUUAAUCAUGUUUUCAGUAUAUAUUUUAUUACUAAAUGGCAAACAAUUUACCAAUUGCUGGAGCAGAUUCUCAGAAAACCAACCAGACUCAGCAUUCAUGAUAUACACACUCAGAAAGGCUGCGCAAUUGGGCAAAAUGUUGAAAGGGGUGUGUUCAAAAAUAGCAGUAUUUGGUGAGGGGAAACCUUAAAAAGAGGUGCAAAACGAUAUAGGCUGUUCAGAUAAAAGGAUUUUUAAUACCUUAUAGUGGAGAGCAAAACCUUAGACGAGUGACAGAAAAUGGACGACAACCAUCAAAAUGGAUCGCAGAGUAUCCAGAUUGGCAAAGGCUCAGCCACUGAUCAUCUCCAGGAUUAUCAAAGACAAUCUGGAAUUACUUGUAAAUACGGUGGCAGUGGGAAGACGUCUUUGUGAAGCUAAUCUAUUUACGAGAAUUCCCCACAAAGUCCCUCUGUUUAAAAAAAGGUAUGUGCAGAAGAGGCUACAAUUUGGUAAAGAACACAUCAACUGGCCUGAAAAGAAAUGAAGGAACAUUUUGUGGACUGAUGAGAGUAAAAUUGUUCUUUUUGAGUCCAGGGGCCACAGACAGUUUGUGAGACGACCCCCAAACUCUGGAUUCUGCCAGGGGCAUGGCCAAGCCACUGCCGUGGAGGGUGCUUCCUGUGAUGGGGAUGGGCAAACCACUGCCCUAGGCGGUACCACCUCUGAUGGCUGUCACAAACCUGUGUUACAUUUUGGACAAUAAUUGACCAAGCAUUUAAGUGGUGAAUGUGUCAUCGGCAGUUCGUUGCGUAUGCUUUACUGCAUCCUAGGAAACUUCGCUACUGUGCGUAAGUUCGUAAGUUUAGUGUAGAGCAUUCCUUUGUCACAGCGAACCUGUGCCUCUUUAGUUUGACCACGUCUUGCCGAUGUUUCUAAGUUUGUCUCAUCGGACCUUGAGCACGUUUUUUUGGAGCUUGCCUGUUGCCUAGCGUUUUUUUGCUUCCUACUCUUUUGGACUGCCUUUUCAUGUUCAACUUCCUUCUGGAAUAAAACCUCUUUGAAUAUCA